UAUAAACGAUUUAGGCUUCAAUAUGAAAAGAAAAUGCGAAAAAAUAAUUAAUUUUGGGAAGCUAAAAAAACUGACAUCUUUUACAUUGGGAUCCGAUAAUACAAAAAAUUGUGUAGAAGCUCUGAAAGUGGUUGCUAAACACUUUAAAGAACAAAUAGAUGACUUAUUACAUAAAGUACAGACUAAAGAUAAUUUGGAGAACCUGCUUAUCAAUUCACCGUGCAUAGUGAUAUCAGAGGAUGAUAAGGGUACAAAUUAUCACGUAGCAAUUGAGAAAGAACUAAUAAAUAAUGGUACAACAGAUUUUGUAUCAGCAUUUCAACAAUGUUAUGCUAUGUAUUACAUAUGCAAUAUGCAAUACCCGAAAAGCCUCUCUUGCACGUUUGAGUUUGUGCAACGAUAUUAUAUGAAAACCCAUCCCGACCAAGGAACCAAAAGCAAAAUAUUUUCUGCGUCCAAGAAGAAGGUUAUUGCCUUGAUGAAAAAACUAACAGAAAAUGAGGGCUAAAUAUCUUUUACACUACAUUUAU